AUGAAUAUCACUAUCAGACACAGUGGGCACAGUUCACGAAAGUAUGAAGGGGAUAAUAGACCAACUGAUCAAGUACUUAAAGCUCAUAUGAAAGGUCAGGAAACGGGUUUUUCUGAUAUUGAUUCCAAAACCCUACCAUCCAAAGGUCGAGGUGAAUAUUACGAGAAUGUACAUGUAGGGAUUGAAAAACCAAUUCUUCCUCCGAAGAGGAAUCAAGAUGCAGAUGUCGACGAAGACGAGUUAACAUAUUCGGAGAAUCCCUAUGGUGACUUCUAUACCAACGAGACAGUCAUUCAGGAUAUCCCUUUGAAUGAGCUCGAGUUAGUUAUUGCCGAGAAGAGGAAAAAUGACGAUGACGGAUUUCAAAAAGAAUAUGCAACAUUACCUUACGGAGAAAAAUGUAGAUGUGACGCUGGGAAGACAGAUGAAAAUAUGACUAAGAAUAGAUUUAAGACAACAUUUCCAUAUGACCACUCAAGGGUUAUUCUGAAAACGGGGACUGGAUCAGACUACAUUAAUGCCAAUUACAUUGCUGGUGCAAGGAAAGAGAAAGAAUACAUUGCAACACAAGGACCAAGACAGAAUACGGUCGCUGAUUUCUGGGCUAUGAUCUGGCAAGAACACGUUUCUACAAUUGUUAUGUUGACCAACCUUAAGGAAGGAAAUAAAACAAAAUGCACUAAGUAUUGGCCAAAUGUAAACAACGACAUUGAUGACGGGACUUUGUCUGUAAAUAUAAUCGAGGAAAAAGUAUACACAUUCUACAUUGUACGAAAGAUGUCAUUAAUCCACAAGAGGACAAAUAAAUAUCGCACGGUGACUCAAUACCAUUACACGGCGUGGCCAGACCACGGAACCCCGGACCCUCUAUGUCUUGUUGUCUUCCUUGAUCACGUGAUGAGAACAGAAACCAGUCAGAACACUCCAACUGUUGUACACUGCAGUGCAGGAAUAGGUAGAACGGGGACAUACAUAGCAUUAGACGUCCUGAACCAGAUAGGAAGAAAAACAGGAAAAGUGAACGUAGCAGAAUAUGUCAAGAAGAUGAGGGAAAACAGGAUGAAUAUGGUUCAAACCUAUGAACAGUACAUGACCAUUUUUCUAGCAUUAAAUGAAAUAUUUAAAUCCCCCAUAAAUACCAUGACGGUUGAUGACUUCAUUAAAAAAGUGGAAGCCAUAUCUAUAGACAAACCUGCAAACCAAAGUGCUUUACGAAAGGAAUUUCAGAUCCUCAUGAAGAUACGUCCUGCCUACACAGACUCGGACUACAAAUUAGCACUCCAGAGCCUAGGUGAUUUAUAUUCUAACGGAAUAUUGCCUCUGGACAAGUACAGCAUUCACCUUCCUUCUAAUGUUCCGAAACGAGGGAGUUUCAUUAAUGCAAUCUGUGUACCGUCUUUUAUAAACAGUAGAGCGUUCAUAGUGACGCAUUAUCCAUCGAUAGAGGACGCUGUAGACUUUCUGCGCCUGCUCACUGAUCAUGAAUCUGACACUGUAAUUUGUAUGGACCCACUUACUGAGAUUGAGUCGUGUGAGGCGUGGUUGCCGAGUUCCUCCUCCAUUAAAUCAGUCUCUCCAUAUACGGUUCAUUGUCAAUCUAAAUCCAAAACUGAAAUUAAAAGCACCACCAUUCAUAUCCUGCGGAAAAACAGUGAGGAUGAAGUGCAUCCUGUCACAGUUAUAGAACCAAUGGUCGGAAUUAAAAUAUCUAGAAACCCUCUUGACACUUCCCAGAUUCGGAAUCUGGUAGUCGCUGCUUUAAAUGUGAAGACAGAAAACCCUAACACAAUAGUCAGCAGCAAUGGAGCGUCACUGUGUGGUGCAUUCUGUGUCGUUUAUAACGUGAUACAACAAAUUAACAUGGAUGGCGCUGUGGAUGUUUUCACUGCCGUCAGACAACUUCAAGUUAGAAGGCCAGAUUUUUGUUCCAACUUUGAUGAGUAUUGCCUUGUUGUUAAAUGUGUGUAUGAUUACAUUCAAAGUACCACGGAGAACAUAUACUGUAAUCAAUAAUAUAAGAACUGAAAGAUUUUGUCCUGUUAUUCUAAACAUCUGCAGCAGACAAUUUUUUUUUUUAAUUUUCAGUUUGUAAAGGCUUACUAGUAUUACUUCAUAUAUCAUGUUUAUUUUGUUUACUGUUAUUAUUAUUAAUCACUUGUUUCAAGUUAAUUCUUAAUGAAUAUUCACUGGUGUGAUACAUCACUUAUAGAUUUGCUUAUAGUAUCAGUUAAUGUGAUAUGCUUAC